AUGGAAAGAGGAAAACAGAAGUAUAACAUAGCAAAUGGAGGAGCCAAACGAGCCAACAUCACUACUAGCACGUCCGUAUCCUUCAACAUCGUGGCGUUGUUAGAAGGCCGUGGAUCUGAUCGUGGCACGGUGGGAAUGGCAGCCAUUGACCUCAGAAGCAUGGAAGUGUCUCUCUUUCAGUUUGUGGACACCUCAGCUUACAGUCUUCUUAAAGUAACUUUGGGAUUACUGGAUCCGUUGGAAGUUAUACUUCAAGAUUACACCCACGAUAAGUUUGGAGUAGCACGAGUUUUGUACGAUGUCGUUACGGAUCUGUUUCCAGAAGCUGAGAUCCAGUUGGUCAGUAGGAGGUAUUAUGACGAGGAAAAAGGGAUCGAGCUGGUCAAGAGGUAUAUUGUGGAAGAAGCUUCGAACCUGGACAAUAAAGUCUACAAGAAGUAGGUUUUAAAUUGUAACUUUUUGUGUGAGUUGUUACCUAUUUCAAUGUAUUGUUUAGAAGUCUUGCGAUGGCAUGUGUGUUUUCCUUGUUGAGAUACGUCGAGAUGAUUCAGAAGGUGUCAUUUCUCACAAAAUCUUUGAAAUUCAGAUACGAGACAGUAGAAGAUUCUUGCUUGAUCGGUAAGUGUUUUAAUAUAAUUGUAACACGAAGCUAAAAAUUUCUAAAAAACAGUUUACAGUAUUUUAAAGGUUUUUUGUGGUAUGCAAAUUUUAAGAUAUACCAUAACUUGAUUUUGCUAUCUGCCGAAACCUAGUACUACUUGUUUGUUAUAGAUGUGUGCAGUUGGGACAACUUGGACCUGUUUCAUCGCCGAAAGUCUAACCCAAAGAAGGGAGAGGUGAGAUGUUUGUUUGAUCGGGUCAAUUGUUGUGUCACUAAUGGAGGUGCUCGGACAUUGAGUAGUUUCUUGCUACAGCCUUCAGUUGAUGUUAUGGAAAUUUCUGAACGUUUGGAUGUUGUUGAGGAGCUGAUUCUGGAACCGACAGUAAGUCUUUCGAAGGCUUGGGCUUAAAAUUGUUGAUAUUUGGGUAGAUUUGUUAUUUUAGGUAACAAUAAUGUAAGAUUAUAGUUAUAAUAUUAUUAUUGGUAUAAGUAUUAGUAUUGAAAGUUUCAAAAUGACAUUUAAAUUGCUAGUUGUAUAUUAUUAAUGUUGUUUUAGGUUUUGGAAAGGUGUAGAAGGUUGUUGAGGACGGUGCAAGACCUUCAGCAGAUAAUAACUCUCUGUGUUCACGCUGAUAAGAGUACUUCGGGAGAAAAUGACAACAAGAGGUUGAUGAGACAGAAGAUCAUUCAGAUCUUGUCAUUACGGAACCUUCUGGAUACUCUGAAGCCGAUGCAGAGUAUCGUGCAGAACAUGAGGUCCGGGUUGAUACUCAAGAACGCUUUCGUAUGUCUAAUUACAUAUCUUUGUAACACCUUUUUUAAAUUAUGAAUAUCUACAUCUGGCGUUGUGUUGAAAGCAUGUUGUUUUAGAAGAUCAUGGACCCACGGUUGAAGGAGAUUCUGCAGUUAAUCGACGAGAAGAUAGACAACGAAGUCCUUUCAAACAAUGUCAAAGGAUCUCUCGGGGCCAAGGAUGCUGUUUUGUACGCUGUCAGGGAUGAUCAACACGUUCAGCUGGCGUUAGCUAGGAAAGUGUACAACGAACUGCUGGUACAUGUAAAUGGUACGUUGUAUUAAAUAUUAAAUCUGAUAAAAAAGAGUAUAUUACAGUAGGUUUUUUGUAGAGUUGGUGUCUCAAGAGGGCUUCCAGGGCAUCGGGGCUUCUUUAUCGUACACUUACGGUAAAGGGUAUCACUACAAUAUCAAGAAAAAGAUCGUGAACACGUUGCCGCCAGAAUGUCUUCAAGUAGUGUCAAACAGACAGAAUGUCACUUUUACUACGCAUAACAUGAUAAAGUACAAUGGUACGUUUAUGGCGCUAAUAGUAGUUUUUAGGUAAAAGUUGCUAUUUACUAUGUAAGAUUCCUUUAUCAAAUGCUAUUGAUUGAUAUUGUUAUAGAUCGUCUGGUUCAGUUGGAGAGUGAGAUUCUGCAGAAGUCAGAGAUGGUGGUGAAUCAGUGUUUGGCAGGGGUAAAGGACCUCCUGCCAGCUUUGUACAGCUGUGUCGAGUUUCUGUCGCUUCUGGAUUGUCUAUGUAGUUUUGCCACUUAUUCUUCCAGCAUUUCUGUGGCAUGUAAGUAAACAUUUUGAGUUUCAUUAGCAAUAUUAUGAUGUUUUAGUCAAUGUGACUAUAAGCUCUUUUUUGUUCUUGUUUUACGCUUUUUAUGUUAUUGUAGGUCGUCCUCGUUUCGGUACCCAGAUGGCAGUCAAAGAUGGUCGUUAUGCUAUUUUGGACAAUGACAAAACAGAUUUCAUACCCAAUGAUACCUUUGUUUCCACCGACACUCGCUUCGUACUCAUUACAGGACCGAACAUGGUAAGAGUUCUGUGGAAGUGUUUAUUCUUUGUAUAUUAUCCACAAAGUUUAGUGUAAUUAUGAGGUUUAACUUAAUAUUUUAGACGGGAAAGAGUACCUACUUGAAGCAGAUUUGUCUCCUCCAGAUUCUGGCACAAGCCGGAUGUUUCGUGCCAGCACGGGCAGCUUUGUUUAUGGUUCGAAAGAGUAUCUACUGUAGGAUUGGUCACAACGACGACCUUAGUGACAAUCUCUCCAGUUUCGGGGUUGAGGUAAGUUUUGAUGUUGUGUAAUAUUAAAGUAACAGUUGCCAUAUUGUAUUCUUUUGCCGUUUCUUUUCAUUGACAUGUCAGUAUGUUAAUAUCGAUGUUCUAGAUGUCCGAAAUGUCAUCAAUUUUGAAUCACGCAGACGAGAACUCUCUGGUUGUUGUCGAUGAACUGGCCCGAAGUAAGUUGAUGUAUAUGUAGUUUACUUUACAUUGGAAUCAAUUAUAAAAGCGUAAGAUUACAUUAAGAAUUAGAUAAUGUAAUGAAUAUUAUUAUAGGUACGGCGGUGGAAGAAGGAAUUAGUAUCUGUUUUGCCAUUGGAGAAGAGCUGAUCAAGAAGAAGAGUGUGGUCCUGUUCGCCACUCAUUACCUCGAUUUGUGUUUGCUGGAAACAAAGUUUACGUGUUUGAGAAAGUAAGUCAUCUACAUUAAAAGUUAAAUAUAUUAGCGUACAAACCAAAUUUUAUUGAACAAUAUAUUUAGCUUUCACUUUUCAUCAGAAACAGGCACAGACGAGGACGGCAAGGAGUUCUUGAAGCCUUCUCACGUUCUUCACGUUGGCCCUUACAAAGGGCCUUUGUAUGGUAUGUAUACUUUAACACACAUAAAAUAUUUAAUAUUCAUCAUGUUCUAAUCAAAAACUUAUCUUUGAUGUAAAGUCACUAUUUAAUACCUGGCUUUGUAGUAUAUUGUUUUAGGCCUUGAACUAGCCGAAAUCAGCAGUCUGCCAUCAGAAAUCAUAGCCAACGCUAGAGGCAUUGCUGAAAAGAUCAGGUCAACAGUGGAGAGUAAGAGGGCCGCAAGUAAUGUCGACAUUGGGAUGGAGAGGAAGCGACAGUUUUGUAUUCUAGCUCACCGUAUAUUACACUUGAUCGACCGACACAACUUUACAGCCGAUGAGAAAAGUGUAGCUUAUCUUCUACAGCUCCAGGAGAAGUUCAAGGACUUGAAAGCUGAUUCUUGA